AUGGCCCAGAAUCGCAAGUACGAGAACUUGCCCGACCUCGACCGCGAUGCACCAGAUAUCUACGAGACGCCCGAGCUGACCGAGGACGCGACGCUGCCGAGUUCCACAGCCCGCUCUCCCUCGCAAGCAUCUUACGAUGAAUCCGACGACGGCCUCUCCAACAUCGUCCGCCGGCACCUCGAGCCGCACGACGCCCGCGCAAUUUUCCAGCCCGCUCGCGUCGACGCCAAAGGGGUGGACUUCUCGGAUCGGAUACGCCGGCAACGCCGCUCCUACCGCACCGCGUCGAGGCGGCACCGGCGUGGCAGUCGCGGCAGCGACGACGAGUACGGGGAUUUCAGCGACGAGGAUGACGAGACGCUGGAGCGGAAGCUGGCGAGGCUAAGACGGGAGGUCGAGGAGGUGAAGCAGGAGGUAGAGAUGAGGGAGCAGAUGAAGAAGGAAGGCGUCGAGGUGCUUGAGGGAGAUGGGGAGGGAGAGGGAGAAGAGGGAGAAGAGGGGGAGAAGGGAGAGACGGGGGAAGAAGGCAGGGAGCAACCGCCCGCCGCCACUACCGCUCCUGACGAAGGCGACGAAGAGGAGGAAUACGAAGACGAUCCGGUGGAGGGCAUCGAGAAGCUGAGCGAGAUGCUGGACGCCGUCUACGUGCAGCGCCAGGGCGGCGUCAAGGGCGCAGAAGCGCAGUUCGCACGCACGCUUCGGCGAUUCACACGGCCGGAUGCGAUGACCACCACCUCGACGAUACCGCAGACAACAACGGGCAGCAUCACAGUCACGGCAGCAUCGGAGCAGGCCGCGCAGGCGCUGUCGCGCGCCGCCGACUUCGACGCGCGCCUCUCGCAGCUGGAAAAGGCCCUCGGCCUCAACGCCAACAACAUGCCCGACAUCGCCGCCCACCCGCCCCGCAGCAUCCUGCACAACCUCGACACGCUCGAACGCCAGCUGCAGACCAUCUCCGAGGUCUCGACCUCUUCCCUCGACGCCGCCAGCCGCCGCGUGCAGAAGCUCAUCCAGGAGGCAGAGCGCCUCGAUGAGCUCCGCCGCUCAGCCCGCGCCUCGCAGGACGGCGGCAGCGGCUCGUCGCCCACGGGCGGGCGGCAGCGCAGCAGCACCGUCUCGGCCAACGCCGCGGCGGCGGCCGCAGCCGCAGCCGCCGGGGGAGCAGCAGGAGGAGCAGCAGCAGACGCCGGCGGCGCCAGCGGCGGCGGUCAGGCGACGGGCGGGCCCCCGCCCGAGAUGAUGGGCGCCUACAUCGAGGACCCGGAGCGCGUGGCCAAGAUCAACGCGCUCUUCGGCACGCUCGCGACCAUCGAGCACCUCUCGCCCACGCUGCCCCUCGUCCUCGAGCGCCUGCGCACGCUGCGCCUCAUCCACACCAGCGCCGGCACCGCCGCCCACACGCUCGACGAGCUCGAGAAGCGCCAGGCCGAGCAGGCCGAGGAGAUCCGCCAGUGGGGCGACGCCCUCGCCAAGGUCGAGGAGAGCCUCAAGCAGGGAGAGGGCACGCUCCAGGACAACAUCAAGACCGUCGGCGAUUGGGUCAGGGAUCUGGAGGCAAGGAUUGCCAAGUUUGCGGGUACUGCCUGA